AUGCUUCCUCACCCCCAGCUCUGGCCCCAAGAAGCGCUCCUGCCAUCUCGCAGCUCAGCAUCCCUCGCCCCCAAUGCCCCAAGCCCCCAACCUCAAAUCCAGCCCACAGCUGCCGCAGCCCAGAGUGUGAGCAAACUCGACGAUGGUCCCUCUGACACGUUUGGACAAAAGCUCACGUCAGGCCCUGUGAAUUCCACAACUAAGGCCAACGACAGCUGCCUUAGGCCAGGCGAUGGAGCAGUCCAGGUCGACGAAAAUUAUUUAAAUUUACGUUGGUCUCACACAGCAAAGUUCCUUCGAGACUUUACACAACGCAAGGCCGCUCAGGCAGAGGAGAUCCGCCGUCAACGCACAAACCUUCAGGUUUUGAGCGCUGAAGAGCGUUCUGCUGUCCUGGGCACCGCAUCGUCCCAGCCACUCCUGGACAAAAGUACGAUCGAACCUCUGGACACCAAGAUAUUUUGGUCAGAGGCAAUCUCGGAACAAGUGUCCUAUCCUGGAGGAAGCUCACAGCGGCUGAGGCAGUCACAGAGCCGAGGCCUGCUGCCGUCAUCACAGUCCGGAUGUGGGGUGACCACCUCCACGACAUCUCUGGACUUAUUGCUACAAAAUAUCUUGCAGCGGUCUACAGCCGUCUCCUCAAAGUUGACGAAGGCGUAUGCGCACGCCAUUGAUGCGGGGGAGCCCGCCUCCGAGUCGCAGUCGCCACCACCGCGGACUUCCCUCAUGGGCCAUAACAACAAGAAGUUGGCGGGGAACACCGGGGCACGCGGGGAGCCCCGGGCCCGCAGCCAGUCUCGAGUCCAACGACAUUCCGCAUUGCACCCUCCCGAGGAGGCUGGCAUGGGGGAUCACCCAUCUCCGCCGACAGCCCCGCAGGGCCAACGAAGUCAGCAGCAGCAGGAGCAGCAGGGCCGGACGAGUGGCAUCAUCAACAUGGGGGUGUCGCCCGUGUGCAGUCGGUCCAGUUCCCCCGGUAGCCCGUGUCUUCGUGUAUCGGGGAUGUCGCAGCUGCAGCCGCAGUCGCCAACCGCGGAGGGGGAAGUUCAACCGGAAGUUUCCCUGCCUGUAGAAAGCUCGGAGUCGCGGUUCGGGAAUCAACAACACCCCCAGCAGGAGGAAGAACAACAGCAGAAGCAGAAACCGCGGCCUCCGGCGCAGGCAGAUGCGGCACAGGAGGACCAACAACCGCAGCAGGAGGCGCUUCACCGGAUGGCGUCGUCCCAUCAGAGGAGGCCCAGCUCGGGCGGUUGCGCCGCGAAGGCAACGACCUCAACUGCUGUUGUUAAAAACACAGUCGCAGCGCGCCGUGGUCCGUUCAGCAGACGCGCGCUAUCGCAUUCCCUGGACGGCGCUUCCUCUCGGCGGCGGCGCCAGUCUGACGGUCCGUACGCCACGCAAGCAGGGGAGGGUGCGGCCGACGGACCCGGGGCGCCUCACGCCGCCUUGCGGACCCAAGUAGUGCGACGCCGCGCUAGUGGCAGCGGUGUUCGCUUGCCGCGCCUUCCUCCGGGCCCUCUGGGCCCCGUGGGCUCCAGGUCUGCGGGGGCCACCAGUGGGAGGGAGGCGCGUGAGGCAGGGUGUGCGGGAGGAAAGCGCCUGGAUGGAUCAGCUUCCGGCAGCAGCUACAGCAGCAACGGGGGAGAGCCCUCGGGCUGCGCUGGGGUUUUGGCUGCGAGGCGGGCGGCGGCAUCGUUUAGGUUGGCAGCUGGGCGUCAGCCUGACAGCCUGCGCAGGUCCGGGAGCCUCAUGUCACACGGCCUUGCAUCGCCGAGUGGACAGUCCCCGUGGGCGCGGAGCACCGUGGCGCGUGAGCUGGUGUUCAUCCAAUUUUGA